UGAAAAUGAAUACAUAAAAAUAACUUUCUUUAAAUUACCAAAUUUAUGUGACUUUCCUCCAUCUGUACACAAACCAAGUAAAGGUGGGUCACUUUCAGUCUACUUAAAAACACAACAUCUUACACCUAUAGUAUGGCACCUGUCACAUCUAUUUUCAACUCAUAUUAAAUGAACUCACCUCAAGUAUCAGAUGUUCUUAAAGCUAUAUUCUGCUUUGGCACAACAUGAUAAUUUUCUCGCAAAUCCAAGAGUCAUAUUUCACCUUCUAAAUGCCUUAAAUGUAAGUAACCCAUCAAGAAAAAUGAGCCUGUAUUCCAGUGUGGUGUGUUUUUUAGGUGCUGCCUGGGCCUCCUCCGACGAAACUCGCCUGGUCAAAACGCUCUUCACUGGUUACAAUAAGGUUGUCCGUCCCGUCACUCACUUCAAGGACCCGGUGGUUGUUACUGUAGGCCUUCAGCUCAUCCAGCUCAUCAGUGUGGAUGAGGUCAACCAGAUUGUCAGCAGCAAUGUGCGACUGAAACAGCAAUGGAAAGAUGUGAACCUGCAGUGGAACCCAGAGGAUUACGGUGGCAUCAAAAAGAUCAGAGUUCCCUCCACUGACAUUUGGCGGCCUGAUCUGGUUCUCUACAACAAUGCUGAUGGUGACUUUGCCAUCGUUCAUGAAACCAAAGUGCUGCUGGAGCACACAGGAAUGAUCACGUGGAACCCGCCUGCCAUCUUCAAGAGCUAUUGUGAAAUUAUUGUGCUGCAUUUCCCCUUUGACCUUCAGAACUGCAGCAUGAAGCUGGGCACCUGGACUUACGAUGGAAACUUGGUCGUCGUUAAUCCUGACAGUGACCGCCCUGAUCUGAGUAACUUUAUGGAAAGUGGAGAGUGGGUGAUGAAGGAUUUUCGCGGCUGGAAACACUGGGUGUACUAUGCAUGCUGUCCGGACACCCCUUACCUGGACAUCACCUACCACUUCCUCAUGCUGAGGCUGCCGCUGUACUUCAUUGUUAACGUCAUCAUCCCCUGCAUGCUCUUCUCCUUCCUGACUGGCCUUGUCUUCUAUCUUCCUACAGACUCUGGUGAGAAGAUGACUCUGAGCAUCUCAGUCUUGCUGUCUCUGACUGUGUUUCUGCUGGUCAUUGUGGAGCUGAUCCCCUCUACCUCAAGCGCUGUACCACUCAUUGGGAAGUACAUGCUCUUCACCAUGGUCUUCGUCAUUGCCUCCAUCAUCAUCACAGUCAUUGUCAUCAACACCCACCACCGCUCCCCAAGCACUCACACAAUGCCGGAGUGGGUCCGCAAGGUCUUUAUCGAAACCAUUCCCAACAUCAUGUUCUUCUCAACAAUGAAACGUCCAGGAAAGGAAAAGCAGAAUAAAAGUAUCUAUGGUGCUGAUUUUGAUAUCUCAGACAUCUCUGGCAACCAGACCUCUUCCGUCCCCUACCAGUCACCCAUCACCAAGAAUCCUGAUGUUCGCAGUGCCAUUGAAGGAGUCAAGUACAUUGCAGAAACCAUGAAAUCAGAUGAGGAAUCCAACAAUGCUGCUGAAGAGUGGAAGUUUGUGGCCAUGGUGCUGGAUCAUAUUCUGCUGUGUGUGUUCAUGGCUGUGUGUCUCAUCGGCACAUUGGGGGUGUUUGCAGGCCGUCUCAUUGAGCUGAGCAUGCUUUAAAGGCCUACACCAUACGUUUUUGACGGUUUAACUACUCAGAUGACCAGUUUGUUGUUCACUGUGAAAGGUAUUACCUUUGUUUUAGAAGCUACUGUUUGCCCCAUAGCAUUCACAGUCUGUUCUGUAUCUCUGUUUGCUUUUUAGUGUUUGCAGAAUUGUCCCUUCAGUGUUCGUACAUGACCAUGUUGUAUAUAGUUUCUUCAGCAUAUUUUAUGACAGAGCACUGUUGUUUUUCAUUUUAUAGGGCAUAUAUUGUAUGUGUGCAAGUGAAAUGAUGAAUUCAUUCAAAGGAAAACAUUAUGGAAUAUUGUACAGUUUUCCUUGUUUAUCGGGAACAACUGAAUAAAUGCAGUUUUGUCAGUUUUCAGGGUGACUAAUUUAGAAGUGCAGUCUUAUGUAGGAAUCUGAUAACUGUGACUUUAACAAAGCGACUGGUUAUGUUGCACAUUUUUAAAUAUUCCAUCAAUCUAAGUGUGGAAAAUUCAAUGGCAGAAAUUUGAAUAGGUACUGUUCAAUCACACAUAAACUACGCAGAUUUUAACUUCUGGGUGAUACUUUUAGACUUAGUCUCUGAUCUGUUGGACAAACAAACACCAGUGUUCAAAAGCACUCAUGCAUUUCCAGUUAUGUCAAGAAUGUUUGUUUGCAUUUACUUCCCACUGCGCUACUUAGACAGUGGUGGAAUGCAGCUGAACACAUUUACAAGUAUUGUUCUUAAAUACAAUUUGAGCUACUUGUACUUGAGUAUUUUAAUGUUAUGUAGCUUUGUACUUCUACUUCACUCCAUCUCAGAUGCAAAUAUUUUACUUUGUUGGCUGACAGUUAUUGUUAGCUACUUUUCAGGUUCAAACUUUAUUUUUUCAAAAUGUGAAAUACCAUAGUGACUUAUAAGCAAGGUAAAUAAAGGGAAUGUUCCUGACAAACUGAAGGAGUGUGUUCCCUAA